GCCGGCGACGUCGGCAGCGCGAGGCUUCGCGCGUGAGCGGCGCGGGCGCUGGGCCUGGCUACCGAGCUUUCCUGGCGGGCGAGCAGGUUCUCGACGCCGGCGCCUGGCGGAGCGCGGGGAGGAGGGAGGUUUUGGUGUCAGCGGUGUAGUUGACGGCUGUCCCAGCCAUGGAAGAGACGCAGCCGCUUCCGCAGUCUGAGCUGCCACUGUGCGACAGCCUCAUCAUCUGGCUGCAGACAUUCAAUACUGCUGCACCUUGUCAGGAUGUGAAACAGCUGACUAAUGGAGUUGCCAUGGCACAAGUUCUUCAUCAAAUUGAUGUAGCUUGGUUCAAUGAAUCUUGGUUAAGCCGAAUUAAAGAGGAUAUCGGUGACAACUGGCGAAUAAAGGCUAGUAAUUUAAAGAAGGUACUUCAAGGAAUUAUGGGUUAUUACAAUGAGUUUUUGGGACAACAGAUUUCUGAAGAACUUAUCCCUGAUUUAAACCAAAUAACUGAAUGUUCAGAUUCUGUGGAGCUUGGGAGGUUGCUCCAGCUAAUUUUAGGUUGUGCUGUCAACUGUGAAAAGAAGCAAGAACAUAUUCAAAAUAUAAUGACACUGGAAGAGUCUGUUCAACAUGUGGUCAUGACUGCUAUUCAGGAGUUGAUGAGUAAAGAAAUAGUGAGCUCUCCUACAAAUGAUGCUGUUGGAGAAUUAGAGCAACAGCUUAAAAGGGCCCUGGAAGAACUUCAGGAAGCACUAGCAGAAAAAGAAGAACUGAGGCAAAGAUGCCAAGAACUAGAUAUGCAGGUGACAGCACUUCAAGAUGAAAAGAAUUCACUAGUUUCUGAGAAUGAGAUGAUGAAUGAAAAACUUGACCAGUUGGAUGGCUCUUUUGAUGAUCCAAAUACAAUGGUUGCAAAAAAGUAUUUUCAUGCACAGUUGCAACUAGAACAAUUACAGGAAGAAAACUUCAGGCUCGAAGCUGCAAAAGAUGAUUACCGUGUUCACUGUGAAGAACUUGAAAAGCAAUUAAUUGAAUUUCAACAUAGGAAUGAUGAAUUGACUAGUCUUGCUGAGGAAACAAGAGCCCUGAAAGAUGAAAUAGAUGUUCUUAGGGCUACCUCUGAUAAAGCAAAUAAACUGGAGUCAACAGUUGAGAUAUAUCGCCAGAAGCUACAAGAUCUGAAUGACCUUCGCAAGCAGGUGAAAACUUUACAGGAAACAAACAUGAUGUAUAUGCAUAAUACAGUCAGCUUAGAAGAAGAAUUAAAGAAGGCAAAUGCAGCACGUACACAAUUAGAAACAUACAAGAGACAGGUUCAGGAUCUUCACGUUAAACUUUCCUCUGAAUCCAAAAGGGCGGACACACUAGCAUUUGAAAUGAAGCGGCUUGAAGAAAAACACGAAGCUUUACUUAAGGAAAAAGAGAGACUAAUAGAACAGCUUGAUACUCUGAAAGAAACAAAUGAAGAGCUUCGAUGUUCACAAGUACAACAGGAUCACCUAAACCAAACAGAUGCAUCUGCUACAAAAAGCUAUGAGAAUCUUGCUGCUGAGAUUAUGCCAGUGGAGUAUAGGGAGGUGUUUAUUCGACUGCAGCAUGAAAAUAAGAUGCUUCGAUUACAGCAGGAAGGUACUGAGAACGAACGUAUUGAAGAACUUCAGGAGCAGCUGGAACAGAAGCAGCGCAAGAUGAACGAAUUGGAAACUGAGCAGAGGCUGAGCAAAGAACAAAUUCGAGAAUUGCAGCAGCAGAUUGAGGACCUCCAGAAGUCUUUGCAAGAACAAGGCUCCAAGUCUGAAGGAGAAACUUCCAGCAAACUAAAGCAGAAGUUGGAAGCUCAUAUGGAAAAACUAACAGAGGUCCAUGAAGAAUUACAGAAGAAACAAGAGCUCAUUGAAGACCUCCAGCCAGAUGUAAACCAGAAUGUACAAAAGAUCAACGAACUUGAAGCUGCUCUUCAGAAGAAAGAUGAAGAUAUGAAAGCAAUGGAGGAAAGAUACAAAAUGUACUUAGAGAAAGCAAGAAAUGUAAUAAAAACUUUAGACCCCAAAUUAAAUCCAGCAUCAGCUGAAAUAAUGCUACUUAGAAAGCAGUUGGCAGAGAAAGAGAGAAGAAUUGAGAUUCUGGAGAGUGAAUGUAAAGUAGCAAAAUUCCGUGAUUAUGAAGAAAAACUCAUUGUUUCUGCCUGGUAUAAUAAGAGUCUAGCAUUCCAGAAAUUAGGGAUGGAAUCUAGACUCGUGAGCGGCAGUGGUGCUUACAAAGACACAGGGGCUUGUGCUCCUGCCCGGUCUUUCCUAGCACAGCAGCGGCACAUCACCAGCACCAGAAGAAAUCUCUCUGUUAAAGUUCCUGCUACGACAUCUGAUUAAACUGCAAAAGAACACAUAAACAGAAGUGCCCUUAAAAUAUUUUGUAUCUUUCAGCUAACUACCAGGUUGGAAAAGAAGUGUAUGAUUCUGGAUAUCAGCGAUUUUAAAAUCAAAAUGCAUAAAAUUAGUCUUGCCAGCUGAUUUUGAAAACAGAAUGUGGAAUUAGCUAUCUGGGGAAGCACAUGUGAAUAAUUGGAAGAUAUAAUAAGGCAAAAAUCUCAAACAUUUGUCUUUUGAGAGUAUUAUAUUAUUUCAAAUUGACUUUGUAUAUUUUAGUUUGUUUUCAGUUGUACCAGUAACUAAUUUGCAAUGUGUAAUCGGUAAUAUGUAAUCUAAAAAUACAUCUAUUUUAUUGUUUUGGUACAUGUAAAAAAAAAAUAGUUGCAAGGUAGGCAUGUGGAGAACUAUACAAGAGUUAUAUUUUUUGACUUGACCUACACAAGGCAUUACCUCUGUCCUCUAAUUCUGUCACUGAAUGGGUAUAUUUUAUCAUGUAAUGGAAUAUAUAACAUUUGGAAGAUUGGACUGUUAAAAUGACUUCUCCAUAGUAGAAGUGACUACUUGGCAAUUUUGCAGAUUUAGAAGAGGUCAGAGUUCUCAUAUGUACCUACUAUAAACUAAGGUUUCUGUACAGCAUGGUUGAAAUGUUAAGGGUAUAGAAAUGAACUGACUUUAAGAGAUGACUUUCUGAUGGGAAGCAAGCUAAAAAAUAUACUUCGUGUGAAAUGCUCACACUAUUUUAAUAUAAUUAAUGAAGAUUACAAUUAUUAUUACUUUUAAGCAUAAAAUUAUCAGGGUUUCUGCUAAAAAAAAAAGAUGCAUUAGUAGUUUUGCCUCUUCACUGAAGAGAGAUAGUGAAGUAGAGGAACAAUUUGGAAUCAGUUUUAUCUUGCUUACUAAUUAAGGAAUUUGUCUUUGUUUGAGUUUAUGGUAUUCAGUUCAUUUCUGCCCAAAGCUCUUUUUUUCAAAGGCAUUACUCUAUUAUUUUUGGUCAUUUUUAAGAGUCACACUUUGGAAUUUUAAUUUAGUUUAGUUAAAUCUGUGCUGUCCAAUAAUGUAGCCAAAAGUCACAUUGGCAAUUUAAAUUAAUUAAAAUUAAAAAUUCAGUUCUUUGGUUGCACUAGCCACAUUUCAGAUGGUCAAUAGCCAUAUGUGGCUAGUGGCUACAGUAUUGGACAGUGCAGAUAUAAAAUACUUUCAUCAUUGCAGAAUCUUCUUGGACAGUGUAGUACUAAAUCCUUUUAUAAUAACUUGGAAACACUCAUUGAUGUUAGACCACAAAAAUGAAAAAAA